AGGGGUUGUUUGUAGCAAGACGUGAAUAUAACGCGCGUUUGUUCCGUAAUCACUUCUUACGAAUGAAAUGAAUUCAUUAUUUCUUCCUUAAUCUGCUUUUUUCCUCUCCCUUAACCAAAUCCAUAUCCUUUCUGUUGCUAUCUUCAACUGCUCUUCUCUCAUCUCUCACAGUCACAGACUUUUUACCUUCAACAACAAAAAGUCUGUGACUCAAUCCCUCUCUAAACACAAAAGUAGAAUGAAGAGCCAAAUCUUUGUAUUAAUCGUCAUUUGUUUCUUCACAUAUUCAUCCAGCUUGAAGAUCGGAGAAACAUGCGGUUCAUGUGAUGCCGGUCUUACAUGUCAAACAUGUCCUGCAAAUGGAAAUACACGACCCAGAUGUAGCAGGAUACUAUCUUCAAAUCCCGUUAACAAAGUGAAGGGUUUACCGUUUAAUCGGUAUUCAUGGUUAACGACACAUAAUUCAUUUGCUAUGGCUGGUGCAAGAUCAGCCACAGGUUCAAUUAUCCUUGCACCUAUGAACCAGGAUGACACUAUCGCUGAUCAACUCAAAAAUGGUGUUCGAGGAUUUAUGUUAGAUAUGUAUGAUUUUCAAAACGAUGUAUGGUUGUGUCAUUCUACUGGAGGCAAAUGUUUCAACUUCAGUUCAUUCAUACCUGCAGUAAACGCGCUUAGGGACAUGCGUUCAUUUCUGGACGCAAAUCCAUCUGAAAUAAUCACCAUCUUUAUUGAGGAUUAUGUUAGAGCUCCUGCAGCCCUAACUAAGGUCAUCCAAGCUUCAGGGAUUAACAAGUACAUGUUCCCGGUUGGUCGGUUGCCCAAGAACGGUAGCGAUUGGCCUACUGUUGAUGACAUGAUCCUGAACAAUCAACGAUUUAUCGCAUUCUCCUCGAGAUCUUCCAAGGAAGCAGCUGAAGGCAUUCCUUUCACGUGGAAAUACGUCGUAGAAAACCAAUAUGGAGAUGAAGGUAUGCAGCCGGGUUCUUGUCCGAAUCGAAAUGAAUCGCCACCAAUGAACACAAAAUCUAGGUCAUUAGUUCUGAUGAACUUUUUUCAUUCUACACCGAAUCGUUCUCAGGCCUGUGGCGACAAUUCAGCUCCAUUACUCAGCAUGUUGAAGACUUGCCAUGAAGCGGCCGGCAACCGAUGGCCAAAUUUCAUUGCUGUUGAUUAUUAUCUGAGGAGUGAUGGUGGAGGAGUACCACAAGCUGUUGAUGCAGCAAAUGGUCGUCUCACUUGUGGAUGUGACAGCAUUGCUUAUUGCAAGGCAAAUGGUACGUUUGGUUCAUGUGAUGUCCCUCCAAUUUCUCCACCUCCACCUGCUUCAGAAGCUGCACCUAAUGGAAACCAGAAAUCUCCUAAUAAUAGUCAAGCAAGCAAUGCAUAUAGUGGUAGAACAGCUAUGAUGAUGCAAUUGGUUGUGUUAACUAUGGUUGCCACAACUUUCUUGGCAUGGUUAUAAAAUGCUACCAGUUUUGCAGUGUUUUUAAUCAUGUGAAAAUAUGUAUAUGUAUGUUGUAUUUUGUACACAUUGAGUCAUUUGAUUCCUAGUGUUAUUGUAUGGAAUCUGAGUCUUUUUUCAUCACUCGGCACUUUAUGGUUGUGUUUUGACUUGGUCUGUUGAAUGAUUCACAACUAUUGGUUGCUUACUUACAUAGCAUAAGCUGUUUUUGGUUUAAGUUCAAUUUAUUGCCGACAAGUUUCUUAGGUGAA